GCGUUUCCUGUGCGGCUUCUGGUCAGUGUCUCAGCUUCAGUCUCUUCAGAGCGACUCCGGACCUUCCACCUCCAACCCCAGAAUCCGAUUCUCUCCACCCGACCUGUAGCCGCCAAGAUGAACGAGCCCGAAGUCUGCUACAUCCUGGACGCCAUUCUGUUUGUCUAUGGAAUAGUUCUCACCGCUCUCUACUGCCACCUGAAGAUUAAGACAUCCAGGGAGAAGAAGAAGAACCCGACGCCCGCUCUGUACGAGCCCCUGAGCUUUCCUUCAAACCAGAUCUACAACAAGAUCGGGAAGGGAGAAGGAGGAGGGGUCGAGAUGAAGGGAGGAGAAAGUGAUUACGCUGGUCUCGGUCCUACAGACAAGGCUACGUAUGAGACUCUAAAGGGGGAGAAGUUGAAGUGAGGAUGACGGAUGAAGAUGACGGAUGAUUCCCCCCCUCCCCCCCAUGUAGAGAUCACAUGGUUGGGGGUUUGCGUUUCCUGUGCUUCUCGCUCUCAGUGUGAUUCUCUCGUAUCUCUGACAUGUUUCACUCUUUGGAUCUGUAGAUAAGGAUUGGUAGGGUGGCGGGUACACCCGGCUACAGGAGGUUACAGAAUUUUGGAGAUUUUUAUCAUUUACCAAAAAAAAUAAAAAAACAAAAAAAUUCAUCAAACUGCACCAUCAAAACCCCAAUGAUGAGUAUAAU